AACCGGAACGCCGCCCACGUCCUAUCCACUACCGAUCGACUCACACCGCGCUCGAUCGAAGCUCUCCCCACCGCUAAACCUCGCGCUCAGCCCUAUCCAUGGCCGCGGCAACCAUCUCCCUCUGCGGCUCACGCUGCCUCGGCCCGAGCCUGAGGCCUGAAGCGCGCCUCGGCUCCCCAUCCCCUGCCCAACUUCUCGUAGAGCGGGGAAGUGGCCGCGGGAGGCCGUCGCAGCGAAGGCCUGUGGCCGUAGCCGCGACGGAAGGGUCCGCCAAGUCGUCGGGCGAGGCGGACGAGCAGGUCCCCUCCUGGGCCCGGCCGGGCUCCGACGAGCCGCCGCCGUGGGCGCGCGACGAAGGCGGCGGCGGGGCGGGGGGCCGCGACCCCGCCGCCGUCCAGGUCCCGUUCUACGCGUACCUUCUCGCGUCCGCCAUCACGGCCAUCGCCGCUAUCGGAUCCAUAUUCGAGUACACGAACGGGCGGCCGGUGUUCGGCAUCGUGGGCGUUGACAGCCCCCUCUACGCGCCGAUACUGGGCUUCUUCGCCGUCACCGGGGUCCCGACCUCCGCGUUUCUGUGGUACAAAGCUGUGCAGACGGCGAACAAAGACGCCGAGGAGCAAGACCGGAAAGACGGCUUCCUUUGAUCUCCCGGCCGGAAAGUGCUACGCUGUUUUUGUAUUCUGGCUUAGCUUGGUGGCGUCUUAAUUUCCAUGUGUUUGAAUGCCUCAUCUGAUACACGAGCAACAUCUGAACUCUGCAUUUUGAAUGGGGGAGGAAAUGCAUGCAUGCGUGCCAGCUCCGUUCAGUUUUCCUUCCCUAGGAGGUCGUGCUUCGAUGUGAUUUUGGGCAAGAAGGUUCGUUGUGUAUGUAAUCCACGCAACACAAAGAAACCGUCCUUGUUCUAUAUCUUUGGCUCAAACGUAAAUAUGAUGAUGAGAAAUGAUAGACCUGUACCAAAUUUGUGGAGAACCGGAGACAUUUGUGAACCGUAUGUUUUGCGGACAUACUUUCGUACAUUGUCCAUUUGAUUUGAACACACCAUUGUGAUUAGAAACGAUAUGGAUUAUUUGAUCUA